AUGUUGUUUGUGGUCGAUUUCGAUGAGACCAUUACCGCUCAUGAUACCAUUUCUUGCAUAGCAGAAGCAGCUAAUAAGCCAGAUUUAUGGAGUUUUUUGGCUAAAGCGUACUGGGAUGAGUAUUUGUCUUGGCGAUCCGGUUUGCCAAAGCUGACCACACUCUCCUCGUAUCUUGAUUUACUACGUAAAGGUGGAUUCGCAGAAGCAGCCAGUAUACAGAGGAUUCAAAAGCAUAAAUUUUUUGAGGGGUUAACCCCGGAACAAUUAGAAGGGGUUGCUUCGUCCAUCACUUUACGAGAUGGGUUUGACAAGUUUUUGCAAUUAUUAAUGCCACGUUUGCGAGAUGGAACAGAUGAAUUUCAUAUACUCUCUAUCAAUUGGUCGAGUCGUGUGAUUGAAGCGACUUUACGUCGAAUCCCAGAUAUUGAUACGGGGCUUAUUACUAUUCAUUCAAAUGACUUGGAGAUGGAUCCGACAAAUCAACUAACAACAGGAAAAAUUGUACCAUUUCAUGCAGAGUCUUUAAUCUUAACUGCUGAUGACAAAGCCCGUGAGUUCCAGACACUUGUUCGUUCUUCUCCUUAUAAUGCUACCGUUUACAUCGGAGACUCAAGCACCGACUUUGGUUGCUUCUCACAUGCGUCGAUAAGUAUUUUGUUCCUUGCAACCGAAAAAAUUCUGUUCACUCUGGAAUCGUUUUCUGAUGUGAGACUUUUGAAAUUAGAUGCUUCUUAUGAUUUGUCCAAUACAAAAGAAAGGCCGCAGUUCAAUCCUUCUCCUCUUUACCAAUCUCAGUCAUUAAAAGCCCAAAGUCUUUCGCAGACAAAAAUAUACACUUGUGAUCAAUGGCACAUCAUAACGGCAGUGUUUCGACGCUGA